ACCGUUCUGAACCCAGGACCCACCGAACGGAUAGCACAACUGCACGAAGCAGGGCCAAGCACAAAAACCUCUACCUUGAAGAGCUUCAGAUAAUCAUCAAUGGCCGCUCUUUCAAUUGGCAUCGCUACCACGACAACCACCUUCCAUACAAGACCCACUCUGGCUCGUUUCAAGUCCAGAAUCUACUGCGUCAAUUGGGACCCUGAGGGCUUGUAUGGGCCUCCACAAACGGGACAUCUCGCUAGAAUCGAGUUCAAAAGGCGGCUCGAGAGGGAUGCAGAAGCCCGCGAAGCCUUUGAACGCCAGCUCCGUGAAGAAAAAGAGCGUCGCCAAGCUCUUCGACAAUCUCGGGUUAUUCCGGAUACUCCAGCCGAGCUGAUUGAGUACUUUCUUGAUACUGAAGCUCAGGAGAUUGAGUACGAAAUCGCAAGGAUGAGGCCAAGAUUGAACCAAGAAUUUUUCUCGCAUCUACAGUUUGAACUGGGCCAGCUCCGUUUUGCUGUUUCAAAAACGCAGGACAUGGAAGACAGAUUAAUUGAGUUGGAAGCGCUUCAGAAGGCUUUCCUGGAAGGAACAGAAGCGUAUGAUAAAAUGCAAAGUGAGCUUGUAACAGCAAAGAAAAGCCUGACAAAAGUCCUAUCAUCGAAGGAUGUGAAAGCAACUUUAUUGGAGAUGGUUGAGAGCAAUGAACUCAACAGAUCCUUACUAGCACUUCUUGAUGAAAAUAUAGCAAAUGCGCACCAGGGGAACCAGAAACAAGCUGCAGCUUUCAUGGAGAAAGUUCGCGCAGCCAUUCUCAAAUACAUUACAGUUUAGUUCCCAGGUGAUUGAUCCUUACAAGAAUGAAAACUCCUCAGUGUAGUGAUUUCUUAGCGAGUUAAAGCUUCAGCAUUCACCACACACUAGCAACUAUGCAUUAGGCCUAUUGAAUUUUGUGUAUAGAAUUUAAACACAAGAGUUUACAGGCAUCUUUUUGGUACAAGUUUCCUUAUGACAGCCCUCCUGCUUUAUGUCAAUAAAAGUGGCCAAACGAUGGAGAGGAGUCACCACCUGCCUCUAGGGACAGGGUUCCAACUUCCACUUUAAA